GCGGCGGGGGCGGGGCCGAGGCGGGGCCAGGCUGCACCGCGCCAGGCAAGAUGGCGGCCAUGGAGGCCGAGUUGCCGGUGAUGACCCUGGAGUCGCUGCCUACCGAUCCCUUGCUCCUCAUUUUAUCUUUUCUGGACUACCGGGACCUAAUCAAUUGUUGUUAUGUGAGUCGAAGACUUAGCCAACUAUCAAGUCAUGAUCCACUGUGGAGAAGACAUUGCAAAAAAUAUUGGCUGAUAUCUGAGGAAGAGAAAACACAGAAGAAUCAGUGCUGGAAAUCUCUCUUCAUAGAUACUUACUCUGAUGUAGGAAGAUACAUUGACCAUUAUGCUGCUAUUAAAAAGGCCUGGGAUGAUCUCAAGAAAUAUUUGGAGCCCAGGUGUCCUCGGAUGGUUUUAUCUCUGAAAGAGGGCGCUCGCGAGGAAGACUUAGACGCAGUGGAGGCUCAGAUUGGUUGCAAGCUUCCUGAUGAUUAUCGGUGUUCGUACCGUAUCCACAAUGGACAGAAGCUAGUGGUUCCUGGGUUGUUGGGAAGUAUGGCACUGUCGAAUCACUAUCGUUCUGAAGAUUUGUUAGAUGUUGACACAGCCGCCGGAGGCUUCCAGCAGAGGCAGGGACUGAAAUACUGCCUCCCUUUGACCUUUUGCAUCCAUACUGGUUUGAGUCAGUACAUAGCUGUGGAAGCAGCAGAGGGCCGAAACAAAAAUGAAGUUUUCUACCAGUGUCCAGACCAAAUGGCUCGGGAUCCAGCUGCUAUUGACAUGUUUAUCAUAGGUGCUACUUUUACUGACUGGUUUACCUCUUAUGUCAGCAAUGUUGUAUCAGGUGGCUUCCCCAUCAUCAGAGACCAAAUUUUCAGAUAUGUUCAUGAUCCAGAGUGUGUAGCAACAACUGGGGAUAUUACAGUUUCUGUUUCCACAUCGUUUCUGCCAGAACUCAGUUCUGUACACCCACCCCACUAUUUCUUCACAUACCGAAUCAGGAUUGAAAUGUCAAAGGAUGCACUUCCUGAGAAGGCUUGUCAGCUGGACAGUCGCUACUGGAGAAUAACAAAUGCUAAAGGAGAUGUAGAAGAAGUUCAAGGACCUGGAGUUGUUGGUGAAUUUCCAAUCAUCAGCCCAGGUCGAGUAUAUGAAUAUACAAGCUGUACCACAUUCUCUACAACAUCAGGAUACAUGGAAGGAUAUUAUACGUUCCAUUUCCUUUACUUUAAAGACAAGAUUUUUAAUGUUGCCAUUCCUCGAUUUCAUAUGGCUUGUCCAACAUUCAGGGUGUCUAUAGCCCGAUUGUUUUGAUAAUUUGUGCCUUUCAUGGAAUUUGUCCAUUUCAUCUAAAUGUUGAAUUCAUUGGCGUUAUUCACAGUAUUCCCUUGAUAUCCUUUUAAUGGCUAUAAGAGCUAUAGUCACAUGUCCUCUUUUGUUCUUAAUAUUGGUAACAUAUCUUCUCUAUUGUUCAUCAUAAGAUUAUUAUCACUUGUUGAUCACUUAAACGAACAACUUUAGAUUUCACUGAUUUUUCUCUAUUGUUUGCUCUUUCCAUUUCAUUGAGUUCUGCAAUUGUCUUUAUUUCUCUUCUACUUACUUUGGGUUUAAUUUGUUUUUCUUCUAGCUUCAUAAAGUAGAUGUUACUAGACUUUUCAUCUCUAAGCAAUGUUUUAGCUGUAUCUCACAAAUUUUGAUAUUUUUUUUGUUAACAUUUAGUUCAAAAUAGAUUUCCUUUGUAAUUUAAGUGUGGUCUAUGACUUUUCUAGAAAUGUAUUAAUUUCCAAAUAUUUGGAAGCUUUUCAGUUAUCUUUUGGUUAUUGAUUUCUAAUUUUAUUGUGACUAAAGAACUUACUCUGUAUUUUCAUUAUUUUUAUAUGUCUGUGGCUCAACAUGUGAAGAAUUUACAUAUCUUGGUAAAUGAUUUUUGUAUACUUGAAUGUAUAUUCUGCCAUUGGGGGAAUAUUAUUCUAUAAAUACAGGUCAAAGUGAUUGGUUGGUUGACAGUGUUUUUCAGGUCAUCUGUAUAUUUAUGGUAUUUUCAGUCUUUGUUCUGUCAACUACUGAAAAGAUGAUUGUUGAAAUUUCCAAAUGAUGGCUUUGUCAGAUUUAGUUCUGUCAGAUUUACCUCAUGUAUUUUAAAGCUUUAUAAUUGUGUGUAAAUGUGCUUACGAUUAUUAUGUCUUUCCAAGGAAGUAGUUCUUUUAUCAUUAUGAAUCUCUUUCUUCAUCUCUGAUAAUAUUCCUUAUCCUAAAGUUUAAGAGGACUGAGGUUUGUUUAGGCAGGGAGUGGAACUCCUAUUGGGUCAGCUUGAUCCUUUUGAGGCUUGCUUUUAUAUUAGGGACAGUGGUUCUCAAGCAUUCCAGCCUCAUGGCCCCCUUAGGUGCUGACACUUACUAAGGAAUCCAAACAAUUCUUGUUUACAUGGGCUAUAUCAGUAUUGACCAUAUUAGAAAUUAAAACUGAAAAGUUGGAUAAUAUUCAUUUACCAAUUCCUUUUAAAAUUACAAUAAAUAAACCUGUUACAUGUUCAUCUCUCUCUUAAUUUUGUACGUGUUAGAGUUUUAGUUUUCUCCUAAACACAAGUAAACAUAUAAAAUCUUGACCUUCUCAAAAUGUCUUCUCUCAAGAUGAGAAAUCAAUAAACAGAAAUGAGAAUUCUGGACUUUUAAGCAACAUAAAGAAGACAAUGGGGGUUGUAUUUGUUAAUUUAUUACCUGUUCCUAUAUUAGUUUUCUUGAUAUAGAAGUUGAAUUGUUCUUCUUUUUGUCUUCUAUCAGUCUAAUUAGUAUGCUUUAAUAUUUCCUUUGUCUUUGUGCUUUGCCACUUCAAAGUGGACUUUUUGGUUAGUCCUAUUGCCUUCUCCGGGUCUAGCUGGGUUGGUAAUUGUGCUUGUUUGAGGGCCUUGUAGAGACUUCUGCUGCUUACUUAUUUCCAUUCUUGUCUGUGUUCCUCUUUCCAUGUGACGUUAGUGUAUGUAAACUUUUAUCUCUUUAUCCUUGUUUUUUGACAUGUUGAUUCCUCUAACCUUAUUAAAUAAUUAAUACUCAUACCACCUGAACAUCAUGUUUUAGAAAUUCCAAAGUCUUUGCCUUCCUAGUUUUUGGACCUCUUACUGAAUCUUAAAGCCUUCAUUCCUUAGAUUAAAAAAAUAUAUAUAUUUAUUUCCAAAGAUACAAGUAAUGGAAUAUCUUAUGUUACCUGUUUUAUAGUCUCUAAUUGUUAUUGUUGUGUUAUAAUAAAUUCUAAGUAACACAG